AUGCAAGCGCGCCUCGCCGCCCUCGAGGACUUCCGCGAGCAGGUCGUCGCCCCCCUGAACGCCGGCCCCCUCUGGGCGGCCGGCGCCGCGCCCGACCCCGCCCUCGCGCUCGCCCACUUCUCGCGCUUUGCGAACCCUUCGCUGGAGCCCGACGCCAUCUUAUCAGAGGUUCAAACCCUUGCGGACGCGGUGCUGCAGCGCGCCGCCGCGAUCGCCGCGCAAGAAGCAUCCACCGUGGCAGCUGCGAUCGCCGCAAGUGAGGCGGCGUCACCACGGGCGCAGCACUGCAGCCGCGGCCGCGGCCGCGCAGGUGUCGAGUUUGCGGCCAACGAGGCCGCCUGGUCGUCUUCCCCCCGCGCCUCCGGCCCCGGCGGCUGGGGCGCCGACUCGCGCCGCCGCGCGGAGGCUGCGGCCGCAGCGCGGCUGGGCGCGCUGCGGGGCGUGAUGGUGGACGCGGCGUUUAGGAGCAAUGCCAUUGACCCUUGGGACCCUGAAAACACCUACAUUGACCGCCUCCUGGCGCGACGCCUGGGCACGCCCCGCUCGCUGGCGCUCCUGUGGCUGGCCAUCGCCCGCCGCGCCGGGCUGCCGCUCACGCCUCACACUGCCCGCGGCGACGGCGUGCUACUAAAGCUGCAGCUUCCUACCGGCGCCGGCGCCGUCUUCGCCGACCCCACUGACCCGGCGGCCGCCCUGCUGCUGCAGCCGGACGACGCUGACGAUGGCGAUGACAUCAUCAUGCCAAACAAUGACAUCAUAAUGACUGAUGAGGAGGUUGAAGAGUACCUGAACAACCACAAUAACACCUCAACCACCAACAACCACAACCACAGCUUCUCCACAGCUUCCCCCGACAGCUUCCCGGCUUCCCCGUCGCCGCACGAGUUGCUGCCGGACUCUGCCUCUGUCGGCGGCGGCGGUUGCGGGGGUUAUGGCGGCACAGCACCUGCUGACAGGCGGUUUCCCGGUUUGCGGUGGCGCGGGCAGCCGGUGAAGCUGCUGGGGCCGGCUGAAGCUGCUGAGCUGGAGCCGGUUUCGCUGAAGAGGCUGUUGGGUUAUGCCUUUAUGGAUGUGAAGCGGACGUACGUGCUGACGGGGAUCAUGGAGGAGGCGCUGGGCGUGAUUAGAUACAUGCGCGCUCUGGACCCCUUCUCUGCGGGCGACCUGCGGGACGAGGGCCUGGUGUUGGCCGCCCUGGGCAGGCCCCACGAGGCGUACGCCCCCCUAGCCACCUACCUGGAGGUCGUGGCCGGCGCCUCGCCGGACGCCGAGGCGGUGCGCCGGGCGCUGCACCAAGUCGAGGCAGCCAUCCGCCGCGCGCCGCCGCCCCUCGGCUGA